AUGGCGCCUGAGACAUCUGGUAAGAAAUCCACGGUGCUUCCAGUACAUCAUAAGGAGACGCUUCCUCCUCAGCAAGUGCUAGACUUUUUCAAAAUUGUGUUUAGCGAUGAGCUUUAUGGAACGCACGCUGAAAACUUACAAGAGAUCAUACAAAGUGUGAAAUCCAACUUGUUUAACAGGGAAUACAUAGCUGCAUUUGAUUCUGAGCUUAAGCGUUCCUCAUACUGCUGCAGAUGGUCGUCAUCAAGAGCAGUUGCAUAUUCGUCUCUCUUUGCCUCAUUGCCUAGCAUAAAAGAUGUCCUGAGUUGCGCCAAUCUUGAUAUAGAUCAGAACCUUGCUAGCUCGCUCGAAGCACUGUCUCUAACUAAAGAUGAGCACGGGAAAUCUUCCCAGAAUAACAUUUUAUGCAUCGGAGGUGGUGCUGGUGGAGAACUUAUAGCUUUUGCGAAUCUAUUCACAUUGUCAAGAGAUUUUAGCUCCAAAUUCAAAAAGCAGACUUCCCAAACUAGGAAAACCAGUCUAUAUGUAACAGUCAUGGAUAUUGCAGACUGGAGUCACUGCAUUAGUAGGAUAGAUGAGGUUAUAGGUACGCAUUGGCUACACGAUGAGCGCAAAUACUUCAAUGUCAACUUUCUCAAUAACGAUGUCCUUACAAUGACACAUGAUGACCUCAAAUUAUCCCAGAUGGAUCUUAUAACUUCAUUAUUCACUACCAAUGAGCUUUUUCUUGAAAAUAGGGCUAGGGCUUUGCGUUUGCUGCAAAGCUUCAACAAUCACUGCAAACCAGGUUGCCUGCUACUAAUUGUCGAAAGUGCAGGAAGCUUUUCCCAUAUUACUAUAGGGACGAAGAAAUUUCCAAUUCAAUUUCUCAUUGAUACAGUACUUCUUGGCAAACGCGGAGAAGAAGUAGACGGACACUGGGACCUAGUUUCACAAGAUGAUUCUCUGUGGUAUCGUGUAGAUGAGAAAUAUGACUAUCCAUUGAAACUAGAGAAUAUGAGGUUCUUUUAUCGAUUAUAUAGGAAGAAGUAA